GAGCCAUCCACUUCACUCAAGCUCUCCUGCAGCCAUGGCUCAGUCACUGGUUCUGCGCAUCCUUGUCCUGGUCCUGGCCUUCUGCAUCCCCCACACCCAAGGCAGUGAUGGAGGAGCCCAGGACUGUUGCCUCAAAUACAGCCUAAGGAAGAUUCCUACUCACGUUGUACGCAGCUACCGGAAGCAGGAGCCAAGCCUGGGUUGCCCCAUCCCAGCUAUCCUGUUCUCGCCCCGGAAGCGCUCUCAGCCAGAGCUAUGUGCAGACCCCCAAAAGGCCUGGGUGCAGGAACUGAUGCGCCAUCUGGACAAGCCACCAGUCCCACGGACACAAGCCCAGGACUGUAAGAAGGACAAGAGGGCCUCCAAAUCUGGCAAGAAGGGGAAGGGCUCCAAAGGCUGUAAGAGGACUGAGACCCCCAAAAGGGCCAUAGCCCAGUGA